AUGCCAGUCCUUGACACCACUACCGGGCAAUUCGUCGACAUCCGAUCCGAUGGAUCAGUCCCAUACGCUAUCCUCUCGCACACCUGGGAUGCGGGAGGCAAGCAGUCCUACCAAGAUGUACGCCGGAUACAAGAAUCGUCCGACCUCCGGCCUCGUGCGCUCCUCCAGAGGAAUUGGGGGGCGUGCGCUAUCGCCAUCGCCGAAAACCUUCGCUUUCUGUGGAUCGACUCGUCUUGCAUUGACAAGACGAGCAGCUCCGAGUUGUCCGAGGCAAUCAAUUCCAUGUGCGCCUGGUAUCGUAAUGCCGUGGUCUGUUAUGCGUACCUGGUGGAUGUUCCGUGGGCGGAAGACCUGCGAUCCGAGGUCAUAUUACUAUCUAGAGAGUGGCGACUCGUAGGGUCGAAGCGUAGCUUGGCUUCGCUCGUGGAGGAAAUCACGGGGAUCUACCAAGACAUCCUGACAGGUGGGAGAUCCCUUGAUAUUAUUAGUGUCUCUCGUCACAUGUCAUGGCCCUCGAGGCGAUCCACCACGCGCAUCGAAGACCAGGCAUAUUCGUUGCUUAGUAUAUUCGAUAUCGUCCUGACUCCUAUCUAUGGAGAAGGCGACCGGGCGUUCAGGCGGCUGCAGGAAGAGAUCCUGAGGCAUAUUCCAGACGAGAGCAUCUUUGCAUGGGAG